AUGUCACGAGACCUCAUCGACGUCUACCUCCCAGACGGCCCUGAGCCUGCCCUCUACCGUUGCGAACAGCAGCCGUGCCCCAACCGGACACCCCGAUCGAUCGCAGAAGACUACCCGCGCUACAAGGCGAUCAGAAGGGCCCAACAUCCGCUUGGUCCCCGCAGCACCCUCGCAUCUCGAUCCGCCUCGCGGCAUUCUCGCCCUGUCUCCCCCAGCUUCCGCCUCCCUCAAACUGUCGCUGGUCAAGUACGAGGAGAUCUCCCUCCAGACCCUGCACCAGAGCCUGAGCCUGAGGAGGGUGCAGGUGAAGAAGGAGUCUCGGAGUCCGAGUCCGCGGAUCCUGCUCAGUCCGCCUCGCCGACAGUGCUCGCCCCCGCGUCAGCAGUCCCUGACGUACAUAACCCCCCCACCGAACUUCCUCCGGCGCCUUCACCGCUGACUCCGCCGAGAGGCCGCUUGAGCACUCACUCCUCUCGAAGUUCAACCAGCGGAGGGCCACCACAGCCGCCUCCGCCCCCGCAGCGUCCUCCGUCCCCCCCGAUGCCGAUAAUGUCCUCCCCCGCAACCGCCCCCGAUAAGGAGACUUUGAAGCUUCUUCUCCCGUUCCGAUACGAUGGCAAGACCGUCAUCGAAUGCGACAGGUUCCUGUUGCAACUCCGCAUCUAUUGGUUGAUCAACACGUCGUUGACGACCAUCGAGCUCAAG